AGUGGAGGAAUCCUCUGUUUUUAGGGUUUAUCCGAAUCGAUCCAAAAUUUGGGGCUCUGUAGUAAUCUCGCCAUGUGUUGAUCCCUCGUCUCACACGGAAAUUCGAGUAGCCUUGGAGUGUGGGCCGCAUUUCCACGCCACCAGCGCAGCACAGAUCCAUCGCUGUCACCGCGCAAAGUUUUUCUUUCUCGCCGCUCGUAGAUCCCAUCCCAAUUCUUCCAGAUUUCUCUAUUGGGCGCUCGCGGCGCAUCUCCCCUCUGGCGUGAUUGGAAUUCCAGCGCCGCCGUGCGUGUUUCUCUCUCGCGAUUGCUAAGAACAGGAGAGUGUGAGCUAUGGUGGACAUCUAUGAGCCGGAUAGCCGGCGCCAUGCCCAGGGCCACCACGGCCACGAGUUUGGCGACGAUCCAUAUCGCUAUGACGGCCAGCGCGCGUGGAUCCAGACCAAGCGGGGCUAUAUCGUGCACAAGUUCAAGCAAUGGACGGCCUCUCCAUCCGCGAAUUUGCUAUGGCGGAGCUCCAGCUCCUUCGAUGCCUUCUUGAUCGCUGCCGCUGCCCAGAUUGGACAAGCAAUCACGCUCUUGCCUCAAACUCUGGCUUUCAUGGGAUAUGGAUGGGGUGUGUUCUUCCUCAUCCUCUACGCAGCCUUUGGUUCUUGGGCAGUCUUCUUGCUGGUUUGGCUCUAUCUUGAGUAUAGAAUAAGAAAUCAAAGAGAGGCCAGGGAUGAUCUUCAAAUGGGCCACAUCCUUCAGUACCAUGAAGUUAUUUACGGUUUAACCGGGAGAUACUUGGGAAAUUUGACACUCGUGUUUAACAUUUUGGCUCUCGCAAUGGCUGGUGUUGUUCAGCUCAUCUCCUCCGCAAGCAACUUGCAUUACCUCAACUCCAACGUGCACAAACGCGAGUGGCAAAUCUUGGUUGGAAUUCUCUCACUUUUGAGCGUUUUCAUGCCCGGUUUUAGCCACUUUCGAUUUGCUGCUUUCAUUGGUGUCCUCACGACUACGAUCACAGCAGUCUAUCUCGCGGUGGCUGCUCGAACAAACGGCCAGGAGUUUGGAAUCACUCACCGCGGAGCUGGAAACAUGAGAGAGUUCUUCACGGGUGCCACAACCAUCUUGUUUGCGUUUGGAGGACAUGGUAUAACUAUAGAGAUUUUGGAAGCCAUGCAUUCGCCGGAGAAGUUUGGAUUUGUCUACCCGCUAGCAGUUCUUUACAUCCUCGUUCUCUCGAUCGCGAGCUCCACCUCGGUCUACUGGGCUUACGGCGACGAUCUCUUGGAAGAAUCAAACGCUUUCGCCGUGCUGCCACCUUCGCACUGGAAGAGAUUUGCAAUCUUCUCCAUGUUUGUACAUCAAAGCAUUGCCUUCAUCAUCUAUAUGUACCCUGUGUUCCUCGUCGCGGAGAAGAUGUUUCGCGUCCAUACGCGUCGAUUCGCCUACAAAGUUUUGGCGAGAUUGCCAGUAGUUCUUCUCGUGUGGUUCGUGGCGAUGGCGAUGCCUUUCUUUGGGACGAUAGCUGCCGUGUUUGGAUCUUUGCUCGUUUCCAUCAGUGUCUACUUCAUACCACUUCUCGCGUUCUAUCUGGCUUACAGAGACAAAGAAGCCCAAAAGGUGUCUGUCGUCAAGCUCUCUUUGCACUACCCGAUUUGGAAGUUUUUGUUCCUCAUAAAUGCUCUGAUCAUGGUGUGGAUUUUUAUCAUCGGCUUUUGUGUUGGAGCUUGGGCAACCAUGAGUCAAUUUAUCCGAGACAUCCACACCUAUGGUUUCUUUGAUAAGUGCUACCAGUGUCGACGAUAGCAUUACCAGAAGAACGCGUUAGAUUUUCGUGUAGAAAAAGAGCUUACCAACGUUUCAUCGAUCACGCGAAGUUUAGAACUCAGUAGAAAGAAUAAGUAUUAUGAUAAUUAUGUAUUCCAUGAAAAAAAAGAUGGAAUGAAAGAAAUACCACGUACA